CCUCCCCGUAGCAGCAUAGCUCCCACCCUAGCUCAUGCGCACGCACCCACUCCCACACAAAGACACUCGUUCACUCGCCCACGUUUCUCCGGGUCGGCCGGCCGGGGCUUGCUUCCACGCGCGCGACGCCAUGGACGGGCAGGAUCGUGGCGGCCAGGGCCAGGGCCAGAGGAGGAAGCCCGACGGGAACCGGAACCCCAAGCGAGGCAGCAUCAUCAAGACGAUCAUCUCCGACUUGACCGGCGGCGGCGGCGGCCCCGCGACUUCCGGCAGCGGCGGCGGCGGCGGCGGCGGCGGGGGUGGGGACGACGACACCGGCAACGGCAACGGCUCCUAGCGACCGAGCAUGGCGCGCGGCGUGCGUACGACGAGAUGGUUAGUUAAGUUUGAGUCUACGCAGCUAUACUGGACUGCCGAAUAAUGCCUCUCGUUGUGCGUGUCGCCGGUAGUAGUAAAAAGAUAGGAACGGGCGUGCGUUUGUGCCUGGUUCUGGUUGUGUGUGUCUUCUGUAACUCUUGAUUAAGCACUCAUGGGGGGUCGCCCGCGCCGGGCAUCUGAGAAAUGCUUUGGAUCUCAUCCAUGGCUUAUUUUCCGUC